UUGGACAAAAAAAAAUUGAUUCACUUUUCAUUGAAAGUUUUUUUUAGGUUUCGUGUUUAAACAUUUUUCGGGAAGUAGUUUUUAUUCUACCCCAUUCAUUUGUUACGUAACUGCUAUCCCGAAUAUGUGGGUUAGUUACGCACAAAAAAAGUCAUUUCCCAUUUGGUUGAGAUGGCUGUGCGGGAGUACAAACAGAGCGUUUUUCCAUUAUAUGGGAAACACCCUACUGUACACUCCAAUCGAGCAAUCUCUCUUCUCAAUAACUUUGGACCUUUAAUCCAUGGUCUGAGUUUCGACACAAACAGGGGCCAGGAACCUAAUGAAAACAUAUUUAAAUCAAUACUGAAAAACUGUUGUAAAACAUUGAAACAUUUAGAAAUUAUUAAUUGCGUUGCGGAUUUCGAGCAUAUACAAUUUGAUAUGUUGGAAACUCUGGUUGUGUAUAAUUCAACGGUGAAAAACUUCAAUUUUGGUUCACCACUUAAACGCUUUCAUUUAGUACAUUCGAAGCAAGAAAUCUGGUUUAUGCGAAAAUUUCCGGAAUUGGGACAUAUUUUUUUUAGUAGUAAGGUAAUAACCGACAGUGUGAUUGGGGAAUUUGUACUAUUAAAUCCACAGUUGAAAGUUUUAAAUUUGAGAUGUUGUGAAAAUUUGUCGCCAUUGAUUUUAAAAUACAUUGCAAAUUGUUGUUCAAACCUCGUCGAAUUGGAUUUCUAUUUUAUGAUACCAAAAAUAAAAGAUUAUGAGAAAAUAAUGCACCUGGGUUCGUUGCGAAGCUUGAAAAAACUCGGUAUAAAAUUACAAAAAAAUAUUUUAAUUAAUCAAUUAAUCAAUAUGUUUGUUGAAAAUAAUAUACCGAUAGAAGAAUUGUAUAUAUCUUUGGAGAAGCCAAAGAAUGACAACCGUCAUUCAUACAAAAACUUGAAAACCUUAACCACACUCAAACGUUUAGAAUUGACGAUACAAAAUGGUCGAAAAUGGGCUUUUGGCAAAACAGUCAAAAAUAUAGUUAAAUCUCAAACUGCUUUGAAAAUUUUACAUGUCUGUGGAUCGAUUCAUGGAACUCUAUCAAUAUUAGAAGUUGAAAGUAUUUUAAAAUACGGUAAAAAACUUUCAGAUCUUAAAUUAGAUGUAUAUGAAUUAACUGACAAUUUGGAAUCUUAUCAAAGAUUCAAGAUCUCAAAUUUUUUUAGAUAUUGUAAAAUAUUUCCUAUUAUUAUGUACGUAGUUUAUAAAGAAAAAUGCUCUAUAUCAAUGUAA